UAGAUUUCAAGCUUUGAAUUCAAUUCAGAAAAAGAAAAAAAAGAAAGAAUGAAUAUUAUUAAUCUAAUCCAAUGAUAAUAAGAGAUAGGAAGGAUGGUCCAAUUAGGCUGUAAAUAAAAAAAAACCUCAACCUCUGUAUGUGUGUCUGACUAUCCAUAUUUUCCCAUUUGAACAACAAUUUUUCCUUAUUUAUCUUCAUCCCUAUUUUGUUUCUCAAAUUUUGCUUAGUUUAUUUAUCGAGAAAAAAGGCUCCCUCCAUCCAUACAUAAUAAUAAGAAGAAGAAGAAGAAGGAAGAGAGAAUGAUGAUGACAAUGGAAGGAAUGAUGGAUAAAGGAGUUUUGGAUGAUGUGAUUAGAAGGUUGUUAGAAGGAAAAGGAGGAAAACAGGUUCAGCUUUCUGAAUCUGAGAUUCGUCAACUUUGCAUCAACGCUCGACAAAUCUUCCUCUCUCAGCCUAUUCUUCUUGAUCUCCGUGCCCCCAUCCGCAUUUGUGGCGAUAUACAUGGUCAGUACCAAGACUUAUUGAGACUUUUUGAAUACGGUGGCUACCCGCCAGCUGCAAACUACUUGUUUCUUGGUGAUUAUGUUGACAGAGGGAAGCAAAGUUUGGAGACUAUAUGCUUGCUUUUGGCCUACAAAAUAAGAUAUCCAGACAGAAUUUAUCUUUUAAGAGGAAACCAUGAAGAUGCAAAGAUAAACCGAAUUUAUGGUUUUUAUGAUGAAUGUAAAAGGAGAUUCAAUGUUAGGCUUUGGAAGAUAUUCACUGAUUGCUUUAACUGUUUGCCGGUAGCUGCACUUAUUGACGAGAAAAUACUUUGUAUGCAUGGAGGACUUUCUCCGGAGUUACAAAAUUUAGAUCAGAUAAGAGAGGUUACGAGGCCUACUGAAAUUCCCGAUAGCGGUCUCUUGUGUGAUCUGCUUUGGUCUGAUCCUGAUUCUAGCGCUGAGGGCUGGCAAGACAGUGACCGAGGCGUUUCGUGUACUUUUGGACCUGAUGUUGUCGCUGAGUUUUUGGAAAAAAGUGAUCUUGAUCUUAUAUGCAGGGGUCAUCAGGUUGUGGAGGAUGGAUAUGAGUUUUUCGCUAAACGAAGAUUAGUCACAAUAUUCUCUGCACCAAAUUAUGGUGGGGAAUUUGAUAACGCCGGUGCAUUAUUGAGCGUUGAUGAAUCUCUUGUAUGUUCUUUUGAGAUAUUGAAACCUGCUGAUAAAGGAUCAGGAAGUGGUCCAUCAAAAAUGGCUUUUAAGAAGCCCCCUACAUUGGGAUAGAUCUAGUCAUUCGACGAGGAUUUUCGGUUCAAAUAGGAAUCCAAAAACUAACUCAACAUCUUCAUAGUUGAAAUUGUCAAGUAGGAAAGUUUGACAUGGGAGAGCCUUCCACCUUUUCAAGUUAAAGAUUACUAUAAUCAUCAUCAUAUAAUGGCUAUGGCUAUAUUGUAAAUUGAACCACCCAUGCAUCCUUUUGUGCAGGAGCAUUGAUUUUUGCUUUAUGUACCACUUCAUUGCUUGUGUUUGGCAAAUUAGUAUGUAAUUUUAUGAGUGCAAAGAGAUUUCAUGUUAUAAAAUCAGUAAAUUUCUAUGUAUUUUUGUGAAUGACUUCUCAUGAAUGAUGUUAGAGACCUGUUCAUGAGGCUUUGUAUGUAGCUAUGGCACUGAUAACAUAAUCAGUCAUAUGACUUCUUGACGCUAACUUUACAUCAA